GCGUGCGCCGUGUGCCCAGCCCAGCCCAGUGCAGCGAGGAAUAGCCUCGCCCCUAGUUCCGGAUCCUGCGUCGUGCUUGGGGGCACCGCGCGCAGGCAGGCAGUCUGCCCCGCCCACGGCAGAUCGGGGAGCUCCGAGGAGGUGCAUGCGCAGUCCUAAUCGAGCACGGAGGGUCUUGGCACUGCUGUGGGUCCGCGGAGCGGCACAGUCAGGGCGCGAGAUGCCUGCCUGAUUCGCGGAGCGUGGUUCCGAGCCGUUGACGAGGAGGGAGGGGCGGCGUGGCUUGCCCGCUCAGCGCAUGGGACUCGACACCGCUUCUUCGCGGAUCUUGGCGUGCCGAGCGUGCGAUGCUAGUGCUGGGUACUCAGCCAUCACACGUGAGGGCGGUGGUUGCCGGUGCUCGCUCGCGUGUUGCGUGUAGUUGGACUUUGGGUCCGGAUGACCCAGCAGACAGCAGACAGCGCUAGCCGGAAGCCACCCGGGCCCUUUCUCGUAAUAAGCACCCCAGCAUCGCUGCGCGCUGACUCACCUCAACUAUCUCAGCGAGCCCCCGAUCGAGACCCAGACGCGUCGUGCAGGUGCACUGACGCCCUGACGUGUCGCGCGACGGGUGCGUCAGCCACAGAACAAUUCCAUGCGCACCGGGAGCUUAACGCGGGCUCCUUCUCUUACGUGUGCGCUCCGCAGGGCGCACCCGGCGGAAGCCAGGCCCAGGCACGCCCCCGCCGCCGCGUUUAUCGCAGCGCUGGUCCAACCGCCGAGGCGAGUGGCCGGCCCGGAUGCAGCGUCGUCCGUGUCCGCGCGCUGGCGAGUCAUUAAUAAAGCCAUUACGCAGCGGAUGGGAGGUGCUUCCCGCCCUGUGAUCUCCUGGCCCCUCGCUCCUUGCGCGCGCGCGCGUAAAGUCUUCGAAGGCGUUACCACAUGCAGCGCUACGUAACAUCGCGCGACAGGAUAGCCAGACAGAGCCAGACACUAUGGACGGAUGGAUGGAUGAUGAUCCACCCUCCACUGCCAUUUCCUGUCAAAUCAAACGCUAUCUGAGUCCUGACUGAC